AUGAAGUUGUUAAUAGUGUGCCUCUUUGUGUUGAUAUGUCAUAGUAAAUGUCUUACAAAUGAAAUGUACAGAAAUAUGUUGGACGAAAGGUUCUUAAUUGAAGAUAAACUUGUUAAGUUAGAUGCAAGAAUUCGAGAAAUUGAAGACAUUGAAAGAAUCACAGAAGAUAGGAUUGCUUUUUUGAAACAACAAAUUCGUUACGCUAUUUCUAAACGUGCAAUUAAAGGGAUAAAAAAACAAAUGGCACGAGCUAAUGGUGACUUGAUAUCUGCUAAAUUACAAAAAGAACGUGAAAUGAAUCGAUUAAGAAAAAUUGUUUUAUCUAUCCCUAAACACGCUCGUGAUGAGCUUAUUCGUAGUACUCAUUUAGAAGUUAGAGUAAGGUCAUUUUUAAAUCCAUUGGACAAUGUCGACAAAGUGGUUGAUGAAAUAGUUAAUAAAGAAAUUAAAUAA